CUCUGUUGGAUGCUAUGGUUAGAUGUGAGGAGCUGGCCGAACAUAGUAUUCCUGAACACAGACACUUGUGACGAUGGCGGCCAAUGAGGUUGAUGUUUUCGCAAAUGAAGAAAAGCGAAACCUGGAGCUCAGAGGCCAUGUGGGCUUCGACAGUCUCCCUGAUCAGUUGGUCAGCAAGUCAGUUGCUCAGGGAUUCUGCUUCAACAUCCUCUGCGUAGGUGAAACUGGAAUUGGCAAGUCCACAUUAAUGAACACACUUUUCAAUACAAUAUUUGAAAACGAGGAAAUCAGCCACUAUGAGAAAGAGGUACAGCUACGCCCGCAAACGUACAAUCUGCAGGAGAGCAAUGUGAACCUGAAGCUGACCGUUGUUCACACUGUGGGGUUCGGAGACCAGCUCAACAAAGAGGAAAGCUUUAAACCCAUUCUUGAGUAUAUUGAUGCCCAGUUUGAAAAGUAUCUGGAAGAGGAGCUGAAAAUUAAACGCUCCCUGUUUAACUGCCAUGACACAAGAAUCCACAUCUGCCUGUAUUUCAUCUCACCCAAUGGACAUUCCCUGAAGUCCCUGGACCUCGUCACGAUGAAGAAAUUGGACAGCAAGGUGAACAUCAUCCCUGUUAUUGCAAAGGCAGACACAGUAUCCAAGAGUGAACUGGACAAAUUAAAGAUCAAGAUAAUGAGCGAGCUGGUCAGUAAUGGAGUGCAAAUAUAUCAGUUCCCCACAGAGGAUGAAGCUGUCGCAGAGAUCAACUCCUCCAUGAAUACACAUCUACCCUUUGCUGUGGUUGGAAGUGUAGAAGACGUCAAAGUUGGCAACAAAAUGGUGAAAGCGAGGCUGUACCCCUGGGGUUCAGUACAGGUCGAAAAUGAAAGUCAUUGCGAUUUUGUGAAGCUGAGGGAGAUGCUGCUGCGUGUGAACAUGGAGGAUCUCCGAGAGCAGACACAUGCUCGACAUUAUGAGCUCUACCGCCGCUGCAAGCUGGAAGAGAUGGGCUUCAAGGACACAGACCCGGACAGCACGUCGUUCAGUCUUCAGGAGACGUACGAAGCCAAGAGGAAGGAGUUCCUUGUAGAUCUGCAGCGCAAAGAGGAAGAAAUGAGACAGAUGUUUGUCAACAAAGUGAAGGAGACAGAAGCAGAGCUGAAAGAAAAAGAGAAAGAGCUACACGAGAGGUUUGAGCAGCUGAAGCGAAUGCACCAGGAAGAAAAGAAAAAUCUGGAGGAGAAAAGACGAGAACUGGAGGAGGAGAUGAAUGCCUUCAAUAGAAGAAAGGUUGCAGCGGAGACACUGAUGGGACAGGCCCUCCAAGGCUGCUCACAACCAUUCAAGAAGGACAAGGACAAGAAGAAUUGAUUUAUCGGAUAUCCAGGAAAACCAGGAAUGUCAUCAGAAUGGGAAAAGGAACAUUACUUCCUGGCACUGUAGGUGUGGACUUAGUGUCACAGUGACCUAACGUUUGUGAGCCUAAAUAAUGUGAUGGCUAUAAGCCAGUGUUUUCAUGAUGGAUUAAAAAGGUAGCUUUGCUUAGUGUUUUUAAUUGGUCCCUAAUGCUGACUGUUCUAAACACACAAUCCACAAACUGUUCUUAACAUGUAGCUUCUUUGUUAUCUGUUCUUGUUACGGAGGUGUGUUGGUCUCCUGGUUUAAAUGUAAACUUCUAGUGAGAAACAUUAAGCCCUACAACAGGAGACUCUCAGUGAAUGACUAAUGAAUGGAUGAUUUAGAGUUUUAUAAUUGGUUAAACAUGCAGUAAUUGUUUGUGUGUAAUUGUGGAUUAUUGCACAAAUUAAAUGGUGUCCUACAGGUUUUUUUUUGACAGAAUGACAAAUCUAUUAAUGUUUUUUUUUUAUUGUUGAUUGUUAACGAAAGGAUAUCAAAUGUAAUAACAUCAUUCCAUGCAAGGGUAUGGAGACAAUUUUGGGAUUUAUUCAACAAAAUUCUGGAUGGGAGUAAAAUAUUUGCCUCUAUUUAUAUUUAAAUAAAUGCUAAAAAUGGAAAACUGAACUUGGCACCAGUUCAUCUGUUGGUCAGCUUAACCCCCACCCCCAUCACCACCACCACCCCUUCUCUGAGCAUCACAUCAGUCAUUUGUUUGAUUUACAGCAUUUCAUAUCGCAUCCUUCAUGACUUACUAAAAAACGUGGUUCCCUGAUUUUAAAUGACUGUGUCAACUCUGUUCCUAUAAAAUGCAUAAAUCAUGUAAUUCAAGCUUUUUUUUUUAGCUUCAGUCAGAAGCCACAAAGAGGACAUAUAACAAAAUGCUUACUAAACUGAAUAAUCAUUCUUUAAUUUUAAGUAUUUUUUAUCUUGCUAAGAUUGUCAAGACACUGAUCAAUAAGUUGCUUGUGCUGAUAAAUAACAUGAUAUUUCUUUCCUUUUCAUAGCUUCUUUAGUCUACCAUCCGCGUGCUCCUUAACUUCAGGAAGGAAUUUGAAUUAGAAGACUUUCCACCACAUUAAAGGAUCACAGACUAACUAUCAAGCUUAUUAUUUUUACAAUGUGAAAUAACAAUUUUUGUAAGAUUGCACUUACCAUCCCUGGGAGUGAGUCAGCCUGCAGUCUUCCAUGUCUACUAAACUCUCCUGUAAGCUUUCCAGCUGUGCUCUGUAGCAUGGUCUCCGCAUGGCUCCUAACCUCAUUCCUACAAGUAUUUAAAAUGUCAUUGCCAAAAUCGCAGUUUUGUUCUAGAUGUGCUUCCUUCUUUCAUCUGCCAUGUUGUGCUUGUAGCUUCUGGUUGAUGACAAGUUACACUGUGAGAUGUAUCUUCUAAAGUUACAUGAUAUUGCUAGUUAAUGUUGUACAAAUGUAACAAUAUAUUAUUUAACAGCACUUUAAUUCAACCAUAAUUCAAUUAUUAUCUUUGAUCAGUGUGAAAGGUUCCCUAUCACGUUAACAUAUCAGCCCUCAUGUUGUUUAUAAUAGAUAUAUUAAGAAGUGUUUCAAAGUUUUUAACAGUGAAAACUACAUAUAUAUAUAUAUACCGUAUAUAUACUGUUGCUACAUGAGAAGCCUGGAUGUAUAGACAUUCAGGGUUAUAUCUCUUAAUGUCAGUAGAUCUAUAUUACAGGUCUGUGUGGGCCUGCUUGGAGAUUUGUAAAUUCUCGUGUAAUAAAGACUUGCUUUAUUGAAAAA